AAUUAGAGUAAAGGUCGUUAGUUAUUAAAUUUGCUUGCAGUUAACCACGAUUAUUUCUAUAUUGUGUUCCUUUAUACAGAAAGCUUUACACUAGGGCUUGCUUUCUCCACAUUCCAGCUUUGAAUCUGCUGCAGACGGAGCCGUGCUUGUCACCGGUAGUCUGCCUAGGAGCAUAAUGGGUGAUUUUUCCAUUCAGAUUAGUUCAAACCUUGUUAAUAUGUUAAUUGAUGAUACUGAAAAACCGAAACGAAAACCGAGAAGAAAUAGAUCCAAGGUACCCCAAGAGAGUAAAAAGCCCCAAAUAAAGGUUGAUCAGAAACAUACAUCUGAUGAUUCUGGAAUGCUCAAGGGAAGCACAAGUGAUGGAUGGCCAAACCAACCUCCUCCGCUCUUCCUUCCUAUAAUUCCUCCGGUUCAUUCUGCCAAUCCAGAGCUAGACGCAAUCCGAUCUGUCCUGCAAGAGAGUGAAAGGGUCGUGGAGAAGUUGCAGAAGCAGGAGGAUAACAUGCUGAAGGAAGUUACUCAAAGGGCAAAAGACCUCCAUGACAAGGAGUUCAAACUUCCUUACCAGAAGCCUAUGCCAUGCUUGGCCGAGAGCCAAGCUUGCUUUCAAUGCUAUAAAGAUCAUCCCAAUGAGAUUUUGAAAUGUGCUCGUCUGGUAAAAAAUUUUGAAAAUUGUAACCGGCAAGCUCGACAGCAAAUAAGCUCGGUCGAGAAGUAGGAUUGUCGCCCGCAAUGAAUUUGUUCCUGUACUGAGAAUAUUGUGAUUCCAAGUUCUCACCGAGGGAAAAAAAGGAAAAAAAAAAGAAAAGAAAAAAAACUGAUUUUGCCAAUAGAAAUAACCCAAAGACAUGAGUUGGGGGGAUGCUUCAAGUCAAAAUUGUGUAUUGUCUUAAACCGUAUUGGCCAGCCUUUCUUUUAGGCUGUUGCAGGACGUGAGUCUUUUUUGACUUUGGUAAUGAAAAAGAAAUCAGAAAUCAGCGGCUUUUAUGGAUGUAGUUCGAAAA